AUGAAUCUUUUUCCUGGUGGUAAACAGUCAAGAUUACGUGACGGCUGGUUUAUUAAUAAACAAGGUGAACGAGUUACUCAGCCAAUGAUUUUUCCCAAUGAUCUUCCUCUUGACGAUGAUAAUUAUAUAUUUCGUGAUCAGCCAAAGGGUAUUCAACAAGUACUUCGUGAGCGUAAGCUAUGGCCUAGUAGUGGUCUUAGAUUAAAAUGUAAUAAGAACUAUUGUGAUCCAAGU